UAGAUCGUUUAGAUUUUCUGGAUCUUCUGGAAACCAUAAAAAUGCCAUUUAUUUCAUCAUCGGUUAAGUUCAUCAAUGGUUUGGAAAGCUUUCCAGCGUUUAGAUUGAGUGAAAACACAGAAAUUAGAGCCCCCUACCGUCUCUUUUUGCCAAGAAAGAUGUAUCGUAACUUUUCCAUUUUAGCGACUAUUAAGCCUGAACGCCAUGAUAAGUCAGGAGGAUUUCUUUUCGCUGUCGUUAAUCCAUCGGAAACGAUCGUCCAGUUGGGGUUAAAGAUAAUGGACUUACAAAACGACUUUGUGAACGUUAGUCUUUACUACACUGACGUUACGAUGCACAUUGCUUCUCAAGUUUGGGCCUCGUUUACUAUUCCAAAUUUUAUUGGAAACUGGGCUAAGAUCGCCUUGAGUGUGAAUGGGAACAAGGCCCGGCUGUAUUUCCAAUGUGAAGACUACGGUCAGAUUACUAGUCAACGUAUUCCUAAAGUACUAGAGUUCGACAGCGCCUCCACUCUCUAUGUCGGUCAGGCAGGACAGUUGAUUGGUGGACAGUUCGUUGUGAGUUUAUAUUGGUUUGAAACUUUAAUAAUAAUACCGUACAAAAUAUAUGCAUAG